ACAACUCCCACCAUGCAAUUCGUCCGGCUACUUCCGCUUUGGGCUCGAGUCGAGAUGUCCUGCGUGGCAUCAGCGGCGUAAAACACGGUAAACAGUGCGCCGUGGCGAUGGACGGCCGAGCUGUGAAGGCGAUACUGUUCGAUCUGGACAACACGCUGAUUGAGACGAGUCGGGCCGGAGGAAUGGCGAUCUCUAAGACCAGGGAACUUCUGAAGACGUCGCUGGGCGUUGACGACGACACCGCCAGCAGUAUUUGUGACACGUUCAAGCAGAAGCUUUUCCAGGAGAGCUUCGACCCCUCGGCUGGCAGGUCCAUCGAUGAGGUCCGUGUGGCUCACUGGGAGGAGAGCAUCCAGGAGGCUGUGGGCAGCUGUUCCCCCCCACACACGUUGGCUGCUCAGUGCUACUCCCUGUGGAAAAGGAGCCGCCUGGAGUUCCUCAGCCUUUCCGCUGAGAUCCGCGACCUCCUGAGAACGCUGCGCGGCCGAUACAAGCUGCUGCUGCUGACCAACGGGGAGGCUCUGACUCAGAGGGAGAAGGUGGAGGCAGUCGGAUGUGACGAGUUCUUCGAUGCCAUCGUGGUUGGGGGGGAACAUGCUGAACAGAAGCCGUUCCUCUCCAUCUUUACGUUGUGUUUCAACAUGCUGGGGGUGGAGGCCCAGGACUGUAUCGUAGUGGGAGACUCUCUGGACACGGAUAUUCAGGGGGGCUUUAACGCCAAAGUACGGGCUACAGUCUGGAUCAGCAGUGCAGGAGCGGCUUUGCCAGAUGGUUCGGUGACACCAGACUACACCGUCCCUACUGUGCUGGACCUGCCAGACAUUUUGCAACAACUGAUAGAAGCCGAAUCAAGCGGUGUGUGAAGCCACUGAAGAGGAGGACUGUCCCAGCAGGAACAUCAUGGAAAUGUUCACCAAUAGUUGUGAUAAUCAGACUUUCAAAUAGGGUACUUUUUUUACUUGUUCUGCUAGGAAUCUUACCUCUAUAAAUCAUAGUAUUAGAUUCAUAUUUGUGAUUUGAUUAUUUCUAUUCUACUUCACAUUUCAGAAGGAUUUUUCCGUCAACUAUAGUUACAAAUAAAUAUGGCCUAAAUUUUC